AUAAUAAGGUAUCCAUGGCAUUGGCAUAAACAACUUUUUUGGGUAACAAAAAUUAUUGUAACGGCAAGUAACAUGCAAAAUUAAUUUUCCAGUUAAAAGCAUUAUAAAUUUCUUCAGGGAGGUUUAAUUCUAAAUUUCAAAAUGAGAGAGUGCAUUUCUAUACACGUGGGUCAAGCUGGUGUCCAAAUUGGUACGUCUACAUGGGAGCUGUAUUGUCUAGAACAUGGAAUUCAACCUGAUGGUACAAUUCCUGCGAGUAAGACGUCCUUAUGUUCAUCGGACAAUUGCUAUGGAACAUUCUUUUCUGAAGUAGAGAAUGGAAAAAUGGUUCCAAGAGCCAUCAUGGUCGAUUUAGAACCAUCAGUUAUCGAUGAAGUUAGAUCCAGCAAAUAUAAGCACCUGUAUCAUCCCGAACAACUGAUAACUGGUAAAGAAGACGCUGCUAAUAACUACGCCCGUGGACAUUACACAAUCGGAAAGGAAAUGAUUGACGUUGUCAUGGAGAGAAUUUAUAAACUGGCAGAGAAUUGUUGCGGACUUCAGGGGUUCUUCGUAUUCCACUCGUUCGGAGGCGGAACUGGAUCGGGUUUUACCUCACUUCUAAUGCAGAAAUUGUCUCAGGAUUUCGGAAAGAAAAGCAAACUGGAAUUCGUUGUCUAUCCUGCGCCCCAGGUUUGCACAGCUGUAGUUGAGCCGUACAACGCAAUUUUGACGACACACAUGACCCUUAACCAUUCCGAUUGUGCCUUUAUGGUGGACAACGAAGCCAUUUACGACAUAUGUAGGAGAAAACUAGGAAUCGAAAGGCCUGACUACAUCAAUCUGAAUCGCUUAAUCGGUCAGGUGGUGUCUUCUAUUACAGCUUCCCUUCGUUUCGACGGGGCCCUGAACGUAGAUCUUACGGAAUUUCAAACGAAUUUAGUCCCAUAUCCGAGAAUUCACUUUCCCCUGGCCUCCUACGCGCCGGUGGUAUCAUGCGAAAAGGCAUACCACGAGGGUAUGUCCGUUUCCGAAAUAACGUCUGAACUCUUUGACCCUGCCAACCAAAUGGUAAAGUGCGAUCCGAGACUGGGCAAAUACAUGGCUUGUUGUCUUCUCUAUCGCGGAGAUGUCGUACCUAAAGACGUAAACGCGUCAAUUGCACAGAUGAAGGCCAAAAGUAACGUCCGCUUUGUGGAUUGGUGUCCAACAGGGUUCAAAGUUGGUAUAAACUAUCAGCCACCCACUGUUGUGCCAGGUGGCGACUUGGCAAGAGUUCAAAGGGCCGUUUGUAUGCUCUCCAAUACCACGGCAAUUGCAACGGCUUGGAGCAAAUUGAACAGGAAAUUUGACUUGAUGUACGCUAAAAGGGCUUUUGUACAUUGGUACGUUGGAGAAGGGAUGGAAGAAGGAGAAUUCGCUGAGGCAAGGGACGACCUUGCAACUUUGGAAAGGGACUACGAGGAAGUGUCGUCAGAAGCACUGGAAGAAGACGAAGAAAACGCUAUUAGUUUGUAAUGUAUUAACAUCAAACAAUACAUUUUUAUCUCGAU